CAUAAUACUCAUGUUUGACUUUUUAGUUCAAGAUGAAUGGAACCUUAAGAAAAUAGAAAAAUUACUUGGAGAGGAAGCAACUCACAGAAUCAUUUCCUUGUUGCCCAAAUCCUAUCACUCCUUCGGCUCAUUAUAAAAUACCCCAUCAUAUCCUUCAACUCCCAACUCAAAAUUUCUCCAAACACUCAAGUCAAUAACACAAUGUUUACUCUCAAUCCCAAAGAUGUGCAAACCACAGCAUCCACAUUGUUCUCAGCCUAUGCCUCCUUUGCUGCAUCAAUGAUGUUGGUCCGCUCCAUUAUAGACCAACUCAUUCCCCACCAGUCAGUCUUCAGUCACUUUUUUACCACUCCCUCCUCGAACCUCACUUUGAUUGUUGAAGAGUGCUGUGGUAUGACACGAAACCAAGUCUAUGAUGCUGCGGAAGUUUACCUCCAAACAAAGAUCAAUCUUUUCACUGAACGCCUCAAGAUCAGCAAAACACCCAGGAAAAAGAACAUUAGCAUUGCCAUGGACAAAGGCGAAGAAAUCACCGACACCUUUGACAAUGAUAUCAAAUUGAAGUGGCGCUUCACCGAGCCUGAGAAAAAACAGAAGGACGAGUACCACUCUGCUAAUGACAGUAAGCGUCGGUUUGAGCUAGUGUUUGACAAGAAACACAAGGACACGGUGAUGGACUCUUACUUGCCCUACGUUUUUGCUCGAGCUAAAGCCAUUCAAGAAGAGGAAAAGGUUGUUAGGCUUUACACCCGGGGUUCGAGUCUGGGUGAUGAUGAGAACGAUAACAGGGGUUCCAGUGGUUGGGGUUCCAUAAGGAUGGAGCAUCCAUCUAAUUUUGGAACAAUGGCGAUGGAUCCAGAGCUUAAAAGAAUGGUUAUUGAUGAUUUGGAUAGGUUUGUGAGAAGGAGGGAGUUUUACAAAAGGGUUGGUAAAGCUUGGAAGAGAGGGUAUUUGUUGUAUGGUCCACCUGGUACAGGUAAAUCGAGCUUGAUUGCAGCCAUGGCUAACUAUCUCAAGUUUGAUGUCUAUGAUUUGGAGCUUUCUGGCGUUCACAGUAAUUGUGAUUUGAGGAGGGUAUUGCUUUCUACUAAAAAUCGUUCUAUUAUGGUGAUUGAGGAUAUUGAUUGCUGCGCCAAAGUGCAGAACAGGGGACGUGAACCGGAUCCACGUUCUCAUAACAACAGGUUGACACUAUCAGGCCUACUGAACUUCAUAGAUGGUCUGUGGUCAAGCUGCGGGGACGAGAGAAUUAUAGUUUUCACUACCAACCACAAGGAUCGGUUAGACCCUGCACUGCUGCGUCCGGGUCGCAUGGAUGUGCACAUUCACAUGUCUUAUUGCACUGCAAAAGGAUUCGACAUCUUAGCCUCCAACUACCUAGGCAUUCAUGAAAGCAACCCUCAUCACCUCUGCAAAGAAAUUAAAGGGUUGAUAGAGAGCACUGAAGUCACCCCUGCAGAGGUUGCUGAGGAGCUCAUGAAAAGUGAUGAUGCUAAUGGUACUCUCAAAGGGCUUGUCAAUUUCCUCAAGAAAAAGAAGGUCGAGAAUGAUAAAGUGAAGGUAGAAGGGGCAGACAAAACUGAAGAUCAAGGGCCAUUUCCGGAUGACUAUUUACCACUCUAUGAUGGCUUUGACUUAUUUGAUUGAAUAAAGCAUCAUGCAUAUAUGUAAUCAGCAUCACAAAUAAUAUACAUGGCUUUGGUAUUCAGAGCAUGGUUUUGAGUUUUCAACUCAAACUGUGAAAAGACUGAAGACAGCAAGGGGCC